AUGGUGCCUAGUGAUAAUUAGUUGGAACGUUAUGAAAUGGAGGAUGAUAAAUUGUCAGCAAAGGCAACUUCAAAAAAAAUACAGAAUAGAAAAAUAUGGUCUUAAAAGGAAGACAAGCUGCUGGAAAGAGCAAUUCAUGAACUUGGAACUAAUUGGAAGGAAGUGGCAAAACAUUUAUAUAAUAGAAAUCCUUCUUAAUGCGCAUAAAGAUGGAAGAGAAUUAAGCCUUAACGCUCUCGACAUUCUUGGAGUGCAAUAGAAGAUUAAUAACUGUUAGAGUUGGUUUAAAUACACAAAAGGAAUUGGGGAAUGAUAGCUAGCAUAAUGCAUUGGAGGACGGGAAAGUAAAUUCGAGAACGAUUCAUAAACAAAUUAAACCCAGAAAUAAGGGCUGAACCAUGGUCAAAGGAAGAAGAUCUUAUUGUCAUGGAAGCCUAUUAAAAGUACGGAUCAAGGUGGACGGAAAUAUCCAAGUUAUUAAAAGGGAGACCUGAAAAUAUGAUAAAAAAUAGAUUUUAUUCCUUCAUCAGAAAAGAGUAUAUGAAUAUCUAAAAUCCUUACUAUGUCAUACCUAAUUCAUAACAAAAAACUGAUGUGGAAUAAUUAAAAUCAAAUUAAUCAGAUGAAAUUCUAAAGCAGGAUUAAAAUAAGAGUAGUUAAUCUUGCCAAAACAGUAUUGUAAAAAAGAAGAAACAUUCUUAAAUUUCAAAAAAGAAAUCUAAAAAAUUAAAUGCUAUUACAAAAGAAAAGGAGUAGGAAAAAAAUAUAUUUAAUAAUAUCAAUGAAAAAAAUGAGGAAGUUUGGAAUGGAAUAGCGUCAGUUGAAAGUUCAGAAGUCUAGGUCAAAGAGGAAGAUGACAACUAAUUUUAACCAAAUAUAACUGCAUAAAGUGUGUUAAGUUAAAGUUUAAGCAAAAAUCUUAAUUAGAUACUUAACAUAUAGAAUUCGCAAUUUCCAAGUGAACAAUUUAGAUCUUUAUAUAAUUCUUAAGUCUUUUAGAAUUACCCUUAACAAUAGUAUUAGUAAUAAUAAUAAUAUUAAUAAUAAUACUUUUCCAUGUGUUAAAAGUUUUGGGAGGAAAUGGCUAGUGUAUUUUCACAUUCAUAAAUGCUCAAAGAAAGCAUUCCAAUUUUAUCGAAUGCUUCUAGUUAAGAAACUAAUAUGUCUACAGGGAUGUAACUUUCACUAUCACAAAUGAAUGUUCUCCAAAAUUCUUAUUUAAUUAGACAAGAGUCUUUUCCUCAUUCAACGAACAAUUCAUAAAUUUGAAAGAUAGUUUGAGCCUUUUCACUUAUAAAAUAUAUAUUUUAAAUUCUAUUUAAAGAUGUUUUA